AUGGACCGCAUGCUGUGUCGGCUGCUGGUCCUGGGAAUGGCAGUGAUGUUGGCCCAUGCAUGCCCUAAGUACUGUGUCUGCCAGAACCUGUCUGAAUCCCUGGGCACCUUGUGCCCUGCCAAGGGGCUCCUCUUUGUACCUCCAGACAUCGACCGUCGCACGGUGGAGCUCCGACUGGGAGGAAACUACAUCCUGCGGAUAACGCAGCAAGACUUUGCCAACAUGACCGACCUGGUGGACCUCACGCUUUCCCGCAACACCAUCAGCUACAUCCAGCCUUUUUCCUUUGGCGACCUGGAGACGCUCCGAUCGCUGCAUUUAGACAACAACCGACUAGUGGAGUUGGGCCCUGACGACCUGCGCGGUCUGGUUAACCUCCAGCAUCUCAUCCUCAACAACAACCAGCUGGGACGUAUUUCAGACAGGGCUUUCGAGGACCUGGCUCUGGCCUUGGAGGACCUGGAUUUGUCCUACAACAACCUAAAAGCUCUGCCCUGGGAUUCUGUGAGACAAAUGAUCAACCUGCACCAGCUGAGCCUAGAUCACAAUCUUCUGGACUACAUCCCAGAAGGCACCUUCACUGACCUGGAGAGGCUGGCACGCUUGGACCUCACGUCCAACCGGCUCCAGAAGCUUCCGCCUGAUCCCAUUUUCGCACGGGCGCAGGACUCGGUAACAAUGACCACGCCGUUUGCCCCACAGCUCUCCCUGAGCAUUGGCGGGAAUCCUCUGCACUGCAACUGUGAACUGCUGUGGUUCAGACGCCUGGAGAGAGAUGACGACCUGGAGACCUGCGCUUCCCCUCCAGGCCUGAAAGGGCGCUAUUUCUGGAAUGUGCGGGAGGGAGAGUUUGUAUGUGAGCCACCCCUUAUCACCCAGCACACACACAGGAUGCUGGUGCUGGAGGGUCAGACGGCCAGUUUGAGGUGUGAGGCAAUCGGAGACCCCAUGCCAACCAUCCACUGGAUUGCCCCCGACGACCGGUUGCUUGGCAACUCCUCACGGAUCGUGGUGUACCGAAAUGGCACCCUGGAGAUCCUGAUAACCACAUCGAAGGACUAUGGCACAUUCACCUGCAUUGCCGCCAAUGUGGCAGGUGAAUCUACAGCCUCAGUGGAGCUGUCAAUCAUCCAGCUGCCCCACAUUAGCAAUGGUACUGGCCAGGCCUCCCAACCGAAGUCGCGCCUCUCAGACAUCACUGGUACCUCUAGGACCAGCAAGGGCGUUCCCAAGAGCCAACCCGAGAAAGCCGUGUCCGUGUCGGAAGUGACUGCCAUUUCGGCCCUAGUCAGGUGGACUGUCAGCAAAGCUGCACCCAAAGUGAAAAUGUAUCAGCUUCAGUAUAACUGCUCUGACGAUGAAGUCCUCAUAUACAGGAUGAUCCCAGCCUCCAGCAGAGCUUUCCUCGUGACUAACCUGGUCUCAGGCACACGUUACGACCUCUGUGUCCUGGCAGCCUGGGAUGACACUGCUACCACACUGACCGCCACCAACGUGGUGGGCUGCGUCCAGUUUUUCACACGUGACGACUACCCACAAUGCCAGUCUCUCCACAGCCAGCUCCUGGGUGGAACCAUGAUUCUGGUGGUGGGCGGGGUGAUUGUGGCCACUCUGCUCGUCUUCAUUGUGAUCCUGAUGGUCCGAUACAAAUCUACGGGCGACGGGGUGCCCCCUCCGGGCAAGCUUGCUGACGUCAGCGACACGUACUCCCAGACGAAUGGCGGACGGCUUGGCCAAAACGGGGUACCCCUGCCUCCCCUGAAACCCAAAGUCACAUUACAUGACGAGGUGGUGGAGUUCAAGUGCGGGUCGCUCCAGAGCAGUCUCAGCUCUUCCUCCUCCUCUUCCUCUUCCUCUGACUCACUCCACGCAGGGGGCAGAGGCUCCUACAGCCCUAACAGUACGCUGGCCAGCAUCUGGAGGUCAGCGCCACACAAACCCCGCACCAACCUGGACCAGCUGCUGGGAGCCUUCACGUCCCUGGAGCUCCGCGGCCAGCAAAGGGAGCCAGGACCCGCGGGGGGUUCUGGAUCUGGGGUGUCAACGGGAGGGAAUAACACUACUCCUGCGCGACCAUUAACGGACAAGGAGCCCUUGCUGGGGAGGACGCUAGACUCUCGCCUCAGUCGGCUUCUCAUGCUGCCCCUGGACUCCAAACCCAAGAGGAGUCACUCCUUCGACAUGGGCGACUUUGCGGCGGCCACAAGCACGCAGCUGCGCAGUUAUCCCAGACGCAUCAGCAACAUCUGGACUAAGAGGAGCCUAUCCGUGAACGGGAUGCUGCUACAGUGCGAUGAGGAGGGAGACGUGGGGAGCAGUAAGGGUACCGUGGAGAGCUCCGAGUGGGUUAUGGAGAGUACUGUUUAA